AUGUCGCAUGGGAGCUGUCUCCAGGUGACCUUGCGGUCUCAAGGGCAUGCUAGGGAGGAUAUCCAGGCGUGUAUUGGCGCAGGCAGUGGGUUGAGCUUGGCAGGUCGUUGCAAGGUGUGGCGUUGGUUCGAGCGUCCCAGCCCAGUGUUGGAUGGUUUUUCUUUUUUGCCGGUGGUUGCCAUCUGCAGAGCGGGUGUUAAGGCUAGAGAGAGCGGUACCGUUUUGAAGGCGGAAGGGAGAGCGGGCAUUGGGUGA